GAGUGUGCAAGUGUGUGGGGGGCAUCAGUAAAUGCAGAUAAGACAGCUGGAGGAACCUCUGAUAAGCUGUCAGCUCCUCCGCAUGUUUGCUUCACUGUUUAAGGAGGAUUUCUUACAUUUUUAUAAUCAUAGAUGUUUUUUUUAGUUAAGGUGAGUCGGUGGAAGUUGUUUUUAAAGCCAGAAACUGUAGUAGUGAGACGUUUUUUGGUUUAGUGUCGUACACAGUGUCCCUGUGCCUCCAUCUCUCUAAGCAGAUAGUCUGAAAAGGUGGAGCCAAAGCUGCUCAGAGGAGGGGGCACACUGUCCCUCUCUGGGUUUUUCUUAUCCGCCGCUUACGCUUUCACGUCUGACCUUCACCAAAUCUCACCGGAUUCAAGUUUUUUUGGCAUGCUUCCUCAGGACCACGCUGGCUUUGCCAUGUGAGGCGAUGAGGGCAGCUGACAGACAGGAAACGGACUGAAGCUGAACAGAAUGAGUGAGUCGGGGGCCUCGGGGCCGGAGGAGCCUCCUCCGUCCUACAUGAUCUUUCUGGUGGUCUUCCUCUUCUUCCUGACCGGCCUGCUGGGAUUCCUCAUCUGCCACAUGAUGAAGCAGAAGGGCUACCGCUGCCGGACCGGAGACAUGGAGGACGAGGAGGAGGAGGAGAAGCUGGGAGUCGAUGCAGACGAUGAAUAUGAGGGGAAUCAGGACACAGUGGAGCAGAUACUUAAAUGUAUUAUUGAGAAUGAAGCAAACAUGGAAGCCUUCAAUGAGCUGUUGGGGAAUCACAAUGUUUGUGUCCGGCAUGAUCCCAGGUUACGAAAGGAAUCCAUCGCAGGCAUCCCUCCCCACCUCCACACGGUCCACUCCGGCACCGACCUCAACUCCUGCCACCUCUGUGCCCAAGUUCGAUCCAAAAAGGGUCGCAGGCAAAGCAGAACUCCCCGCUUCAAACAGCGUCCCGGAGAGCAGACGGUGUUCUCCGUUGGAAGGUUUCGGGUGACACACACUGAUAAGAAGCCUCUUGGAGGUCCGACUUCGUUGGCUGCAUCGGGAGAUCAUUUGGAUCAGUCGCAGGACAGCGAGGACAGGAAGGACGCCGAGUACAACAUCAGAAGCAUGUUUCGAGAAGCUCGGCCGCCAUCAGAAGGCAUCAAUGGAGCCGCAAGCGGAGGGAGACGAAAGAAGAGCGUCAGCAUUUUUGGGCUGAGGCGUGGAAGUGACCCCAUAGGUAUAAAAGUGAAACCGGGUGCGGGAAGAGAGAUGGCAGAUUUCAGAUUUCCUGUCCAGCGUCCACCUGUAGUUCUGGAGGAGCCUCCACAGGCCGAGAACAUCGGAGACGAGUCCUCAACAAAUCCUGCUCCCAAGGUUGAAACUGAAGCAGUUUUAGCUAAAACUGGAUUGGAUAAGUCACCAUCCAUCCAAAGAGAGGAUUACAGAUCUGAUACAGAUCCCAAAGAAUGCUCCAAACAAGAAACAAGUCAAGAAUCUCAUAAGAUCAUGACUCAAUCCUCUACAGGAAACACUGUAGCACUCGCCCCAAGUUCCCUUCCCAUUCUGUCUGAGAGGACAGUAAACGUUGAGAAAAAUUUAGUUAAAACUCAAGAGAUUUGUGAUCCUGGACCACUGCAGACCUCAACACCCAUCAGUCCUGUCCCAGUAUCCAUUGCCCCCAUUGUCCCUGCCCCUCAACCUGAACAUCGGUCCACUAAGGUCUUUUCCAUCAGCCAAAGUCCUCCUGACCUGAGCUCCAGCUCAGAUGUGGAACCAGGCUUUGGUGCUGGUUUACGUUUCAUUAGUUUAGGUUCAUCCCCUCCAUCCUCCACCCCAAACAAGACCCUAUCUUCUGUCUCUCUAGUAAAAACACCUACCUCCUCUCUGGCUGAGUCGCCAAGCCCCAAAAGUAACUUAAGGAACUUGCGUCCUAAGGCAGAGAAAGCCAACUUCUCCACUUCUUUACCGAGUCUCCCAAGUGGACCAGAAAGAUCUGACCAAGAACCUGACCCAAGUGCCGGAUUUGUCCAAAAUCUGUCUUUCAUGGGUUCAUCUCAGUCAGAAAGUUUGACGACUGUGACGAUCCAUUCCAGUUCAAAGGACCAGCAGCCAGAAGGAGACAAAAUCUCUAAGACUGAAGGAAAGAUGGAAAUUAGGAGACCUGGAAUCCUGAAGACGUCCAAGUAUUCUGGCCACUCCUUCCCUUCCGAUCAAGCUUCUAAAGAAAGACUGAGCACGACCACUUCAUCCCCUUCACCCACGUUGUCCCCAUCGUCACCUCACGGCAGCAGAAUGAGUCAUGUGACUAUCGUCAAAGCCAGCCCCGACAGCAAGAGAGAGUUCUCUGUCGUUACCAUGGUGGAGGACAGAGAAGUCGCCAGCGAGCAGGAAGACAUUUCUGCUUCUGCAGGGGCUGAAAGUCAGAGCAGAGAAACCUUAGAGUCAACAGAAACCCAAAAACCGGAGAAGGACCGUGUCAGAGACAACAAUGAAACUGAGACCCUGGACGAAAGAGAGGAGUGACACCCGACUGAUGCUAACCCCACAACUAUGAACAUGCUUUUGAUAACCUAACCAGAGCUGUUCAUAUUUUUGCAAGAAGCUGGACUAAAAUUUCUGAGCAAAUCUGAUAUAUUUUUUUUGUUACCACAAAUUUUUUGUUCGGAAAAAUAUAUAAUUCAUGCAAAGGCUCACAGCAGGUCCAUCCAUUUAACCCUGGAGAACCAAUGGGGCCAAAUUUGUGUCCCGCAGCAGUGCUGCCGGAUUGUUUUUGGAAUACUUCUCCCUAUGAACAAAAACAUCACCUCCACCACAUACUCAAAACUCACCAAAAAUUAAGCACACCUAGUACCCUGUGACAAUCAAUUUUGGGCAAACAAAUUAUGACAUCACUGUCAAAAAAAUGAAUGUGUUCAAGACUUCUUAUGGGCUCAAAAUGUCUCCAAAAUCCACUAACAAAACAAAAAACACUUCUUGGAGAUAUCUGUAGGAAGUUUUGAAACUAUUAUCGGAUGGCUACAUGAUCUUUAGCUUGGUGGCCAUUUUGUGGGAAAACGUAUUCAAGGGAUCUUCACAAAAUUUCGCCGCCAGGUUACAUCUACAACCACAGCCGAAGUUUUGAUGACCUUUGAAAGAGUCUGCCAUCUUAAACUUUAAAAAGUUUUAAUCUUGAUCUAUUGCUUUCUACGUCCUCGAGCAUCAAUAGGAAAAAAUGCUGGUUAUAGAAGUUGUAGAUUUUGAAUGGCGUUCUCAAGUUAAGCUAACAAAAGAGACGUUCCCCCUGUUGCCCGCUAAUUUUUAUCGAAAUAUUGUGAUAAUACUUGAAUCGUUAGCUUAAACUGAACUAAACAAUAUAAUCUACAAUAUGAACAUAUUUGGAAUGUGGGCAUGGCUAUCAAAAAACCUCUGUUGCCAAGGAAACUCAAAAGUUUACUUUUUCGGAUUCCUCUAAAAAUGACAUCGACCGGUUCGUCACCCCCAGGCGACCAAAAAAUAAAAUGGUUGCUAUGGAGAUAAAAGCAAAAGAAAGCAGCCAUUUUGAAAAACCUUGUUGUUUCCUAUAAAAUAGUGGACUGGUAGCACUUGUGAGCCACACAACACCACUUGUAGCAUACCAUUUUUUUCUUUGUUUUAUUUUUUUAUUCAAUUUUUUGUUACCCAAAAUAAAAACAAAAUGAUCAGAUAAACUUUAAAAGCUCAGAUGGAAAUUGUUCUCUGGUUCUCCAGGGUUAAACUUUCCUUUAAAUGUUAGUUUUUGUAGGUUUUUGCGCUCUAUCUCUUGAGUUUAAUCUGAUUUUUUUCUUUGUUAUUUGAUUAUGUGACAUUAAAACUAAAUUGUAGCAAAAGAAAUAAGCAAUAAAAAUCAUGAUGCAUCCACCCCCGUGUUCAACAGAUGGAACAAAACUUUGUGCUUAAAUACGAUUUCAUUUCUUAAACUUUUACAAUCAUUUCCUCUCACUCUUGCAGCCUUAUUAGAUGACAUUUUGGGCCAUUCUUGGUGCAGAUGGUUUGAAAAACCCUCAAAGUUCUUCAAUUUUUAGCAAAAAUUGAGUUUACAGAUAAAUAUUCAUGGCUUUCCUGUUUGCAGCACCAAUAUUAAAUCUUCACAAAACGUCUUUGGCUGAAUUUGACGACAGGAACAUUCAAUAAUCUCGUUAACAGCAAACAUUUACUAAAAUUCACUUCUUCUGACUAAAUAUUCACACUUUGGCUCUUGCAUUUUGAACACAAUUAGAGUUUUUUUCUUUCACUAUAUUCUGACACACAUUUGGUAUAUUCUAAACAGUUGCGUUCAAACAGAACAAGAAAACAUUUUUGUCAUCUUUGAAGCUGCGCUGCUGAAGUCCGUUACACGUUCACAUCAGCAUGCAGUUUGUUUUUAAAUCAACACAAUAAAAAAGUACAUUUCUGAUGUGCAGCCUUGAUAUAUGACCUAAAAAAAUGAUUUUCUGCAUCUCCUAACACACUGCCUUUCAUGUAACUAACAUUACAAAUAUAAUUGUGUAAAUAGAAGACAUUGUGAUGCAUCCUUACAGGUUGUUGAAAUAAAGAAAAAAACAAAUUUUUCAAGAUUAUUGAGAGAUGAAAUGCUGAUAUGUUUUCUGUUGAGUUGAAUUUUUGUGUUUAUAUGUUCAAACAUUGUAUUAGAAUGAAUGUACAUUCAGAAAAUAGAGUUUCCCUGUUGGAAUUCUCAUCUUUGUCACAGGAUAUUUUGUUAGAUUUUCUGUUUUUUGGCUCAUAUUUGGGGUCUGGGUCCAUGAGGACUUCCAAUUCUAACUGAGAACAGAAGGAGAGUCAUGUAAGUUCAGGGUCAGAACUCACAUCAGGAUGUCAUUAAAACUCAUCUGCAUCCACUUUUUGAAUUCUCUGACCUCCUGCGUAACACAAAGAUUCAUUUUAUAAUUCUAAUCCUUCUGCUGCCUCAACUCCACGUAUUUUUUAAGUAAAGUUAUUUUAAAACCAAAGCUCCGUGCUGUUUUAAAGCCAACUUGAAGGUUAAAAACAUUUUGAUUGUUUUUUUUAAACUGAGAAACUCAGGAAAUGCACAUGAAUUAGGGUUAAAUUGAAACCACUACAGCCCAAAAAAUGGUAUUGCUUCAAAUAGUUCCCAAAAAUAUAUCGCAACAGGAAUAAUGCAAGAAUUGGGUUGACGAAAUAAAGUGUUUUACUCA